CCCUCCACUCAGUUCCUCUUCCUUCCGGUUUCCACUCCGUCAAAAUGGCCGACGCUAAGAAGGGCAAGACUCCCAAGGAGUUCGCAGUCGAUUUCCUGAUGGGUGGUGUGUCUGCGGCUGUUGCCAAAACCUCUGCUGCCCCCAUCGAGCGUAUCAAGCUUCUCAUUCAGAACCAGGAUGAGAUGAUCAAGCAGGGUCGUCUUGCCGAGCCCUACAAGGGUAUCAGCGACUGCUUUGCGCGUACCUACCGUGAUGAGGGUCUUCUCUCCCUCUGGCGCGGUAACACUGCCAACGUCAUCCGGUACUUCCCCACGCAGGCGCUGAACUUCGCCUUCAAGGACUACUUCAAGUCCCUUUUCGGCUUUAAGAAGUCGGAAGGCUACUGGAAGUGGUUCGCCGGCAACGUCGCGUCUGGUGGUGCCGCUGGUGCCGCAUCGCUUCUCUUCGUCUACUCUCUCGACUACGCUCGUACGCGUCUCGCCAACGAUGCCAAGUCGGCCAAGGGUGGAGGACAGCGCCAGUUCAACGGUCUCGUUGACGUCUACAAGAAGACCCUUGCGUCCGAUGGUAUUGCUGGUCUCUACCGUGGCUUUGUCCCCUCGGUCGUCGGUAUCAUUGUCUACCGUGGUCUCUACUUCGGUGUCUACGACUCCGUUAAGCCUGUUGUGCUGGUUGGCGCUCUCGAGGGCUCCUUCUUGGCUUCCUUCUUCCUUGGCUGGGGUGUUACCAUCGGUGCUGGUCUUGCGUCGUACCCUCUUGACACGAUCCGUCGUCGUAUGAUGAUGACUUCUGGUGGUGGUGUUCACUACAAGUCCAUGUUCGAUGCUGGUUCGCAGAUCGUCGCCAAGGAGGGCGUGAAGUCGCUCUUCAAGGGUGCUGGUGCCAACAUCCUCCGUGGUGUUGCUGGCGCUGGUGUGCUCUCGCUGUACGACAAGCUCCAGGAGGUCCUCUUCGGCAAGGUCUACUCUGGUGGCUCUGGCUAAGCGUAUUUAGAGAGGACACUUUACGUAGGAUCAACUUAGUAGUACUACCGCUUACCUUGCAUGCUACUCGACAUCCAAUAGACAGUGUCGCUAUUUCCUUGGUAGUGCCAUCUAUAUUGCGUUGGGCAUAUUAUCUUAGUAUACGUAGAAUUGAAAUCGAUGGAUUUCGUAUACCAUUGCGAUCGAG